AUGUUUGAAAAAUACCAAUUCCUUUUUUCAAAUCUAAGUUAAUUAGAAAUCUUGAAAUUUCAUUUAAGCUAAGGAAAUAUUAAUUUUUUAGAAAAUAAGGUUGAUUUGCUUAAGGAAUUGGAAUAAGAUUGUAAUAAUAUAAAAUAGUCAAUUAGAAGUUCCCAAUUGAAAACUAAUAAUAGUAAUUAAUUAUACUAAAAUAUAACACAGCCUUAGAAUCAAUUUAAAACAGAAUAAAUCCAAUUCUAUCAACCACAAUGACUGAAUCAGCAAAACCUGAAAAGUAAUAAGUUGAAAUUGAAUUACUGGUUUAAAUAUUAUAAAUGGUUAACAAUUAAAAUAAGAAUUACUUGAAUCUAAUAUAAAAAUAAAUUAAUUAGAGGAAAAUGUAAUAUUUUUGAUUCAAUAAGAUAGAAUCAUUAUUAAAUAAUCUUAAUAAACCAGAAAACUAGUUAUAAAAAUCUUAUAGCCUAUUUUUAUUUUGGAAGCUUUUCAAUUGCUUACAAGCAAUGUAAGAAAUCUCGACAGAUUUAUUUUAAAUAAACCUAAAUGGAGUAGAUGA